UUUCCUUCUGUUUCGCAGUCAGCAGGAGGGAGAAAAUGAAAGCAGGCUGCAGCAUUGUGGAUAAGCCAGAAGGAGGAGGAGGUUAUCAUUUCCCAGAGUGGGCUUACAAGACUGAGUCCAGCCCCGGCUCCCGGCAAAUCCAGUUAUGGCAUUUCAUCCUGGAGCUGCUGCAGAAGGAGGAGUUUCGCCAUGUCAUCGCCUGGCAGCAAGGCGAGUACGGAGAGUUUGUCAUCAAGGACCCUGAUGAAGUGGCCAGGCUGUGGGGCAGAAGAAAAUGCAAACCCCAGAUGAACUACGACAAGCUGAGCCGGGCUCUCAGAUACUAUUACAACAAGAGGAUUCUCCACAAGACAAAAGGCAAAAGGUUUACCUACAAGUUCAACUUCAACAAGCUGGUGAUGCCUAACUACCCAUUCAUUAACAUUCGGCCUAAUGGUGUUGUGCCACAGAGCGCUCCUCCUGUGCCAACGGCUUCAUCCCGCUUCCAUUUCCCACCACUGGACAGCCACUCUCCCACCGAAGAUGCCCAGCCUGGUCGGUUCUCUGGUGGGUCCCUGGUCCCAUCCAACCCAGAAGUGCUGGGUGACGGCGGCGAGAGGAAGCCGGACAUGCCGGAGCUGGAGGACGGCUCCUCGGAUUGGCGCCGUGGUGUGGAUCUUAUGGCCUCGCGCAAUGCCAUGGGCACUGGUAGCAUCAACCACCAGAAGCGCAAGCCCGAUAUUAUGCUCCCUCUCUUCACCAGGCCCGGGAUCUACCCAGAUCCUCACAGCCCCUUUGCCGUGUCCCCUCUGCCAGGGCGCGGCGGGGUCCUAAACGUCCCAAUCUCUCCUGCGUUGUCCCUGACUCCCACCCUUUUCUCCUACAGUCCCUCUCCGGGCCUCAGCCCCUUCACAGGUAGCAGCUGCUUCUCUUUUAACCCCGAGGAAAUGAAACACUACCUGCAUUCACAAGCUUGCUCCGUCUUCAACUACCACCUGAGUCCGCGGACUUUCCCCCGCUAUCCGCUCAUGGUGCCACCACUACAGUGCCAAAUGCCCCUUGAGGAGCAGCCCCAGUUCCCCAUCAAGCUACAGCCUCCACCUGUGGGGCGCAAAAACAGAGAGAGACUGGAAAGUGCUGAGGAGCCGGCAGCCCCCCAGCUAGCUACUCCUCCUCCCAGGGUCAAGGUUGAGCCCGUGAUGGACAAGGAGGCAGAGUCCGAAGAGCCACCGGCGAAAGGAAAAGACAAAAGUGAGAGAGAGGAAGGCUCCGGUGUGGCAGCCAGCCUGGAAGAGGAGAAAGGGCCUGUGUUUGUCAGACCGGCUGCCCCGUCGUGGCACCCAGCCCCACUGGCACCCACCCAAGCCGGCUUCUCAGCUGAAGAAUCCCAGGAGCAAGGGGAGAGCAGCGCGGAGAAGUCAUCCCGAGAGUCUGCCGGAGAAUCGGGGGCUCAGGAGAAGAGAGAGGAUGCCCUGAUGCCUCCGAAGCUGCGUCUCAAGCGCCGCUGGAACGGUGACCGGCAGGCAGACAUCCCCGAGGAGCGCCAGAAUGGCCGAGUCCACUGGAACGGGGCACUGGGCAGCCCGCACCUCAUGGCAGGUCCCAAGGCCGUGACGGCCACAGCUGCCUCCGACACCUAAGCCUGGGGGAGCUUUGCAGUCCGUCUGUGCUGAAAACAUCUGUGUAUUUAUGUAGCAAGGUUGCAGAGCGUGGGGGGCGGGCGGGGGGCUGGGGCUAGCCUGGUUUGGUAAUUCUAGAAACUAGGGGGUUUGUGUUCUUUGUUUUCAUUGUUGAAUUGCAGGUGAGACGCGGUUGUCUUGCUCCGAUUAGGAGAGGCGAGGGAAGCCGGCCACCCUUGUGCGCGAGCUUCAGGCCUUGCACGAACUCCAGCGGGGUUGAGGCCUCCACCUGGACGGAGGAACUCCAGACACGGUCUAUUUUAUAUACACUCUAGCAUUUAUAGAAGCAGGAAUCUCCGAAUUCAUCUAGUUCCCUUUUUUU